CUGACACCUAGUCGGAGCUCAGUGGGAAAGUGCACAUAUAAAUAGGGCAUUCAGGCACCAGCCUAGUAAGACAAAUUUAGCCAGGUUCGAACACGUCAAAAGCUGCAGGAAGCUUGUGACUCGUGGUGAUCCUCGGGAUGAUCGGUGCCCACACGUAAUUUCUAUCCAGAGGACCAGAACACCACCGACUUCUUCCCUCAACUUCCCCUGUGUCAAUUUCCCCCAUUGACAUUGCCUUCCCUCCCCUCUCCCACCCUUCCCUCUCUUCUCGGUUAAUUCGUCUCGACCGCCAUGACGAAUAUCCAUCCCGAGUCGCCGGAGGACUUCGAGUUCAUCGAAACUCCCGCCGCCUCCGCUACAACGCCCGCAGACGACUGCGGCGUGCGGACUACUUCGUAUCCGGCCAUCAAAAAUGCACCCGUACCAGCCGAUUCUCCUGGCAGUGAUAGCUUUUCCAACACCUUACUCUUCCUCCUACUCUUCCUGAUCCCAUGGUAUUCCGCCCGUCAGAUUGGUGGGGGCUUUUACACCACCAUCUUCUUCGCAAUCUUCACCACCGUUCCGAUUUUGAUGGCUUUCUGGUCUGUGGCCUCUACUAUCUCCCCACGCAAGAACGAAAAAGCAAAGUAUGCCGGCCGCCCUGUGGAGUACUACUUGAACUUCCACAACGAGCAUGACCGAGCUACAUACCGCGGAAAGGCCAAGGUCCCCAUGGAGGUCUUCUACGAGAAGUACUUUGCGGGUGAGGUUGACUUCAAGAUGGAUGCUCUGGAAGCCCUAGAAUUCAGGCAUGACUGGGCCAACUUCCGCUUUACAAUGGGCCUCUUCAAGCACUUCCUUUUCGGUUUCAUCCCAGAAUUACUGGUUCACUCUCGUUCUCAGGAUGAGGAACAGGUCCGUGACCACUACGACCGCGGCGAUGACUUCUAUGCUUGGUUCCUAGGCCCUCGCAUGAUCUACACUUCCGGUAUUAUCGGGGACGUGAACAAGGAGGAAACGCUCGAGCAGCUUCAGGACAACAAACUUGCCGUGGUCUGUGAGAAGAUUGGACUUAAGCAGGGUGAUACUGUUCUCGACCUUGGCUGUGGCUGGGGUACCCUGGCCAAGUAUGCCUCCGUCCACUACGGUGCCGACGUCACUGGAAUCACUCUUGGCCGUAACCAGACCGCUUGGGGUAACAAUGGUCUCCGCAACUCCGGCAUUGAGGAAAGCCAGAGCCGUAUCUUGUGUCUAGAUUACCGUGAUGCCCCCCGUGUGGAUGGUGGAUACAAGAAGAUCACAUGUCUAGAGAUGGCGGAGCACGUCGGUGUGCGCCACUUCACCUCGUUCUUGUCUCAGGUCUACGACAUGCUAGAUGACGACGGCGUCUUCUUCCUGCAGAUCGCUGGUCUCCGCAAAGCCUGGCAAUACGAGGAUCUAAUUUGGGGUCUUUUCAUGAACAAGUACAUCUUCCCCGGCGCUGACGCCAGCACCCCCCUCGGGUUCGUCGUCGACAGACUCGAGGCCGCCGGAUUUGAGAUCAAGGGUAUUGAUACCAUUGGUGUCCACUACUCCGCUACCCUCUGGCGCUGGUACCGGAACUGGCUGGGUAACCACGAAAAGGUCGAAGCUAAGUACGGUAAAAAGUGGUACAGAAUCUGGGAAUACUUCCUUGCCUACUCUACCAUCACAUCCCGCCAGGGCGGUGCUACCUGCUGGCAGAUCACGCUAGUUAAGAACAUCAACUCCACUCACCGUGUUGAAGGCAUCAACAACCAAUAUGGCUUGACCGGCGCUCGGGAAGCUUCCUCCGCCAAUGUUGGCAACGGCUCUGUGCCUAGCGCCCACAUCACUCUCAAGGCUUAGAUACCCUAAGAAGGGAUAUUAAGUUCAAAGUAGGAGAAUAACAUCACUGUCGGUGCAUAUCAGGUUCAGGAUCAAGACACAGCCCCGGCACCUGCGCGGGCCGAAGUCCAAAAGGGACAUGAAACAGCAGGACGAGGAGAAACGGAAACAUUGAGAUAUAUCAGUUUCCUGUGACAGCGCAGAAAGAGGAUAGCAGGUGAUCUGGGAUGAUGGAAACGAGAUUUCCCCUUGGUUUCUUUCGUUUAUAUUCAUUAUUGUACAAUGGUUUCCGAUCUAAGUAUAUAGCUUGUGUCGGAAGGAGCAGGGGGACUCGUGGAAAGUAUCUAUCUCAAAUUGCAUGGUAUAUAUUAAUGGUAAAUAGAAACUAGUGGAUCAUAAUAAAUUCAUUAAAUGGCUAUCGUAUAUAUCGUAAAGG